AGCAGACAGUGUGAUUUGACCCAGCCCUUCUUCUGCAGUGAAGCAUUUGUGGGUGCCACGGGUAAAUUUUAAUACCGAAAGUAUCCCACGGCACGUACGCCGCUGAAAUGGCUGCUGCGGCCCCAGAAGGAAUACCCGCACUGAGUGUUGAGAACGACGUAACGCCCGCAGAGACAAACGAGGACAACGGCGAGGAGAAAGAAAAGGGCCUCGCAGAACCGGAAACAGAGGAACCACGCAGCAGCGUAAAACCGAAAAUGGAAGAGGUGACCGCGGGGGCCGGCGCAGAGAAGCCCGCUGCAGCGGCAGAGGCAGACAAGGCCGAGAGGGAGGCGGUGACCGAGGACAGUGCUGCUACAGCGGUGAACCAGGUGGCGAGACCCGCUCCUGAAGAACCGGAGCUAAAGCAGGAAUUACAGCAAAGCCCCGGAGAAUGUAACUAUGAACUAGCCAACGAUAACGCAUUGAAAGAAGCAAAGGAGGAACCAAGAGUGGACAGUCAGGGUUCGGGGAUAAACUGCGAAAAGAGCAAAACAGUUUGUGAAGAUGGUGAGAAACCCAGCGGCGGGAGCGGGGAGCUGGGCGACAAGAGGCGGCCGAGUGUGGAGAUCUCCUCCUCGGAUGGUGAACCGUUGAGCCGUAUGGACUCAGAGGACAGUCUCAGCAGUACCCUGAUGGAGAUGGAGAGCACCGUGUCGAGUGGGCGCUCCACCCCUGCUAUGAUGAACGGACAGAGCAAUACCAGCUCCUCCGGGGCUAAGACAGUGGCCUACUCCUGCUGCUGGGACCUCUGUCCGCAGUGCUUCAACUCAAGUCCUGAUCUGGCGGAGCAUAUCAGGGGCAUUCAUGUGGAUGGGCAGAGAGGAGGGGUGUUUGUGUGUCUAUGGAAGGGUUGUAAGGUGUAUAACACACCGUCCACCAGUCAAAGUUGGCUCCAGAGACACAUGUUGACCCACAGUGGAGAUAAGCCCUUCAAGUGUGUAGUUGGUGGCUGCAACGCCAGCUUUGCUUCCCAAGGAGGGUUAGCCCGCCAUGUCCCAAGCCACUUCAACCAGCAGAGCUCCUCCAAAAUGUCCGGCCAGGCCAAACUCAAGGAGGAGUCCCCCUCCAAAGCUGGACUCAACAAGAGAAAGAAACUUAAGAACAGACGCAGGUGUACCCUACCGAGACCUCACGACUUCUUCGAUGCCCAAACCAUGGAUGCCAUCCGCCACAGGGCCAUCUGUCUCAACCUCGCCACCCACAUCGAAAGUGUGGGCAAUGGCCACAGUGUGGUCUUCCACAGCACGACGUGCACAAGCUGCUUCAGAGCGGAGAAAGGACCAAAAUUUUACUCCAUGUCUCAUUCACCGGUGCUAGCCAGAAGGAAAGAGGGAUCUGGCAAGGUGAAGGUCCUCCUACAUUGGACGCCAGAGGACAUACUACCUGACGCAUGGGUGAAUGAAACCGAGCGAUCUCAGCUGAAGACUAAAGUGGUGCACUUAUCCCAGUUACCGCAGGAUGCUGCCAUGCUGCUAGACCCAAACAUCUAUAGAGCACUUCCUCAAAAGCGCCUGAAGCACAGCCUGUAAGGAGUCAUCUGUGGACUUGAUACUUAAGGAGAAAUGCUUGUUCAUAGGAGGUUUAUCUAUAUGGGAUGGGACGCUCUUCAUCUGUCUCUGCUGAACGGGGGGAUUGAAGUGGCGAUAAAAGGAAGUGAAACUUGGCUAUGCUGCAGUUUCUUCCCUCUUCAGUUUUGUAUAUCUGAACAACAUUGUAGCCAAAUGUGGUGGAAAAUGGGACUAACAAUUUUUUUUUAAGUUUGUGUUCAUCAAAAACUACGGAGCCCCCCUGGGGUCAGCUGAGAAAAAAAAUUAAACCGUGUGCACAGAAUAAAAAUCCCUUCCGUUCAUCGAAACGAGCCAUCCUCCAACCUGGAGAAAUAACAUUGAGCAGCCGGCGGUGAGACGGCUGUAACACGAAUGCUUAGGGACCGUCUAUAAACUACA